AUGCCUACCCAUACAACUAAUGCGACUGCGACUAGAAGUCCCAGUGCCGCCAAACCACUGGUUCUAGGAAGCAACAAUCCCGACAUCGAGCAUCCCGCCUCCAUCAACAGGCCGAUGUUCAGUGAAGACUGGGACAUAACAUCAAGCAGCGGGUAUCGCAUUUCCGACAACAUGAUCAACGAGCCGCCUCCAGGCAAGCAGCCAUUCCGGAUAAUCAUGAUCGGAGCCGGAGCGGCGGGCAUCGACUUCCUGCACCACGCCAUACGCGAGUUCCAACACCCCGACGACGUCCAGUUCGUCUGCUACGAGAAGAACCAUGACGUGGGAGGGACGUGGUUGGAGAAUCGAUAUCCCGGGUGUGCGUGCGAUGUGCCAAGUGCCAGUUACCAGUUUGGUUGGCGGCCCAACCCGAACUGGACGCACUAUUAUAGCCCCGCGCGGGAGAUUUGGAAAUAUUUGAGGGAUAUUGUGGACGAGGAGGAUAUGAUGAGGUAUAUCCGUUUGCGGGCCCGGGUUACUCGAGCGGAGUGGAGGGAAGAGAGGUCAAAAUGGGUGGUGCGUGUGGAGGAAAGUGGGGAGGAUGGGAAGGUGUCAAGAGUGUGGGAUGACGAGUGUGAGGUUUUGCUGAAUGGAAACGGGUUUCUCAAUAACUGGAAAUGGCCCGAUAUUCCCGGAUUGAUGUCCUUCGAGGGCCGGCUUUUCCACACAGCCAAAUACGAGGAAGGUCUCGAUUUGAAAGGAAAAAGAGUAGCGGUCAUUGGAUCAGGUAGUUCCGGAGUUCAAGCUGUUGCAGCAGUUUACAAGGACGCCUCUCGAUUAUAUACAUGGGUGAGAAACCCGAUGUGGAUCACAGCUGGAUUUGCGCAAAAAUUUGCUGGGCCAGAUGGAGGAAACUUUCAAUAUAGCGAAGAGCAAAAGGAGGAGUGGAGGAGGGAUCCUGAGAAGUAUAGGGUAUAUCGAAAAAUGAUCGAGCAUGAGCUAAACGUGCGAUUCCGGUUUGCGCUGAGGAACAGUAAGGAAUCCGACGAGGCCAAUGCAUUUUCUUACAAGGAAAUGACAACCAAACUAGGGGAUAACGAAUAUCUCAAGGAAAAAAUAAUACCGAAGGACUUCAACGUCGGGUGCCGACGGCCCACACCAGGAAACGGGUAUCUUGAGGCCCUUGUCGGUGAAAAAACAACUUGCUAUACGGAUCCAAUCGGGGGGAUCACGCCAAAGGGGUUCCUAAAAGCCGAUGGCACGGAGGUCGAAGUCGACGUUAUCAUCUGCGCAACUGGCUUCGACACAUCGUUUCGGCCCCGAUUCCCUAUAAUCGGGCUAGAUAAGGUUGACAUAGCCACGCGGUGGGAGAAGACCCCAGAGUGUUACCUCUCAGUCAGUGCUUCCAACGUACCGAAUUACUUCAUGUACAGUGGUCCAUUCAGUCCAGUCGCACAGGGCUCCCUCUUGUCACUACAAACGCUUCUCACAAACCAUUUCCUUCAAAUAAUCCGGAAAAUGCGCCAAGAGCACAUCCGGCGCCUCAGUCCGAAAGAAAGCGCCGUUAAAGACUUUUGCGAACAUGCGUCUGUAUAUCUACGCCGUACAUGUUGGGCAGAUCCUUGCAGCAGCUGGUUUAAACAAGGUCGGAAAGAUGGCAAUAUUGUGAUGUGGCCAGGUAGUAGAUUGGCAUUUUUUGAUAUAUUGAAGGAGCCCAAGUAUGAAGACUAUGAGAUAGAGUAUUGGAGUAAGAACCGUUGGGCUUUUCUCGGGAAUGGCUUCACGACGGAAGAAUUUGAUGGGAGCGAUAUGAGCAAGUAUUUGAACUGA